AUGAGACUUAAUUGGCCACUCAAAAUGUCUGUCACCGUUUCAAGAACUUACAAUGAUGCUGUAUCUGCCUUGAACUCAUUACAAUCUAACUACGCCAACAUCAUGGCUAUCAGAGCCUCUGGAGAUCGUAAAAAUCAGAUGAAUAUUUGGGAAAUGCAAGAAUGGUGCCGAAGAAUUGGGUACGAUACUAGCGAAUUUGACAAGCUUAACAUUAUCCACAUCACCGGAACCAAGGGGAAAGGGUCAACAGCUGCUUUCACGCAAUCACUUCUGCAACAAUAUGGCAACAAAAUUCACAAGAUUGGGCUAUACACAUCUCCCCAUUUAAAAUCGGUGCGUGAAAGAAUUCAAAUUAGUGGUAAACCCAUUUGUGAGGAGAAAUUCUCUCGCUAUUUUUUUGACAUCUGGGACAGACUAGACAAGACUUCGUCAUCACUAGACAAAUUCCCACACAUGACUCCUGGAAGCAAGCCGGGCUACUUUAAGUAUUUGACUCUUCUUUCGUUCCACGUUUUCGUGCAAGAAGGCUGUGAUUCGUGCAUUUACGAAGUAGGUGUGGGUGGAGAAUACGACAGCACUAACAUUAUCAAGACCCCAACUGCUUGUGGUGUUUCUUUGCUUGGAAUUGAUCACACAUAUAUGCUUGGUGACACAAUCGAGGAAAUUGCUUGGAACAAGGGCGGAAUUUUCAAAAACAAUGUUCCGGCUUUCACGAUUGACGUGCAACCUGCCGCCGGUUUGAAAGUUCUUGAAGAACGAGCUCACGAGCGAAAUGUCGAUCUCCAGCAGGUGCCUGUUUUUAAAGAGGUGAAAAACUUGAAGUUGGGUCUGGCAGGCGAUUUCCAAGUUCUGAACGCUUCAUUAGCUGUCGCUUUGGCAUCUCAACAUCUCACUAAGCUCGGAAUAUUUUCUGCGCCUUUAGCAUUGGAAAAAGACACUACCCUUCCGCAAGAAUUUAAAAAUGGACUGGCAUCCGCUGAGUGGAAAGGCCGUUGUCAGACAAUACAAGAUGGAAAGAUAACGUGGCUCAUCGACGGCGCUCAUACCAAAGACAGUAUUGUGGCAGCGACUGGAUGGUUCAAGUCUCGAGUCGUAAAUACCAAGAACAAGAAAAUUCUUCUCUUCAACCAGCAAACUAGGGAUGCAGCUGCAUUGAUUACCACCUUGAGGAGCUGCUUGACUCCAGAAGUGAAGUUUGAUCGCAUCAUUUUCACUACCAAUGUUACAUGGAAAUCUGGUGAGUACAGUGCCGAUCUAGUUUCAAUGAAUACUUCCAAAGAGCAAGUCGAUAGACUUGAGGUCCAGAAGGCUCUCCGCCACACCUGGCUUAAUCUGGAGCCUAACGCUCAAAUAGACGUCGUGGCAAACAUUGAAACAGCCUGCAACAUUGUUAAGAGGUACGAGGAGCCGAUCGAAGUUUUUGUGACAGGGUCUCUACAUCUCGUUGGUGGCCUGCUUGUUGUUUUCGAUGGCGACAAAUGA